CCGCGACUCUCAUCCAUGCCGACAUGUCUGGCCGCCUCUUCAGGCCUCCUUCGCUCCUCUGCGUAUCCUCAUAGCUCACACUCGCGCUUACUCGUACAAUGCGCGGCGCGCAAGGUCUCGGGCUGUCGCAGGGCACGAACAAGUGCUACACGAGCUGGGCUCUCCACCGCGGCUGGUACUCCGGCGAAGCAUGAAGAUCUGCGGACGCACACUCUGACGGUCUUGCACAAAACGACAGCCCUCCUUCCUCGUAUCUUGCCUAGUUUUCGUCCUGGACCAACUGGAGGCUCUGAGCGCGAAUCGCUGCGAUUUUGGGAGGACGUCUUGGGCCAAGUGCACGAGGACUUGUCCCUCUCAACGGACAAGGAGAAGGGCAGGGUCCGCGUCGUCGUGUACGGCGUUGACGAGUUCUCUGGCGCAAGCGACCUCGUAGCUGCUCUGCUUGAGGACCCCUUCAUUUCGAAUGACCAGAAAGAGGUCCUUCGAACGCGUUGGGAUGCACAACCCGAAGGAUGCCGUUCUGUACGACUGCAGUAUGGCACCGCGCCAAGUGACGGAGAUGUCAUCCACGUUCAGUCCUCAUGGCUGCAACACUUCGGCGUGCCGAUAGAAGUAGCCGAGUACAGGCCGUCAUCCGCUCCUGAGACGGCCAAAGCUCUCUUCACGGCCGACGUUCCUAUCAUACUGUGCAACCCCGCGUCCACUCCCUUGACGUCCAUCCUUCCUGUCUCGACAUCUCCGCCUCUCCCUAUCUCCCGCAAGCACACUAUCCUUGCCAUUUCCUCGCCCUCACCCACGCACUCAAUCACCGCAGCGCAAGCAGCUCACGUCAAGGCUCUCGCACUUCGUGAUGACCUCCGGGUCGUCUUCGUAGACCCUGCUCGGGCACUGAACGGCCUGGAACAGCUCAGCCAUAGUUCUGCUUCCCCCAUAUCCGUUCAGCGAUACCAGGAUGACGUCACCGGCUCGAAUGUCGCCAGCGUCACCAAUGCAGCGAAAGACAUCCUCUCCACCGCUUUAGGAAGCGGUAGUACAUUGCCGGAAUCCUCGCGGGUAGUCGCGGUCCACGCCCAAACAGGGCGCGCAUUGAUUAAGGACGUUCUGCUGACCUGUCGGAGUGUGCUCGGACACGCAGAACGCGAGGGCGAUGCGGUGCUCGUGGGUACGAGCAGUCUGCGCGGACAAAUCGAAGAGGCGAAGGCGAAGGUCCACUUGGAAGUGUUCGGGCCACCGGGUAAGGACGGGGACGAGAUCGCGAAGGCGGUCGGCCAUGCUCGGAAGAGCGUCAAAGUGACGACGGACGCGCUCCAAUGGUACAAGCUAUUCUGGAGAGUGGACGACAUCCGCGAAGUCGUGACCGCCGCGGUCGACCGGGCGUGGUGUAGAGACCUCGAACGAAAGCUUGUGUUCCACGCGGGACGCCUAGCCGCGCUACAGAGCUCUUUUAAAGACUCCGCCGCGGCACUCAGCCGGUCCUUCCCGCCCUCCUCGCCUUUCCACUCCCCAGUGCUACACAACACUCUCGAGCGCAUAGCCUCUGCGCCCUCAUAUCCGCUCACAGCAGCGGCACUCACCGCACCCCUGCACGCCCGGCAGAGCCAGCUCGGCUUCCCUACGGAGCGUCUGCAUGCCUCCGCCCAGCGCGCCGUAAUCACGAUGAGCGGAAGUGUCCUUGGGGGCUUCGGCGUCGCCUGGGCGGGGUGGGCGAGCGAACUGGGCCUCGCGGGCGGGUUAUUCAGCGUCGGGAUGGGCGCGGAAACCGCGAUGGGCGUAGGGAUGUUAGGUGCAGCGGUGGGUGUGCGGUGGGCCGUGUCGCGCUGGGAUAGCGCGAGGAGACGGUGGUGGAAGGACUGGGACCGCGUCGGGGAGGGCCUGGAGCGGGAUUUGAAGGCUGCUCUCUCACGCACGAUGGAUCAGCACGUCGUCCUGGUGCCGGUAACCGCCUGCUCGGGUUUGGAGGAGCUGGUUGCUAAACGAAAAGCCGAGGUCCAGGAGCUGAAGGAGGAGGUCCAAACACUGGAGACCGAGGUAGAUAGGCGUAGUAACAACGAUUCCUCCUAAUCAUGUCUCGCCUCGCCAUGACUAGGGGAAUAUAAUACUGGGUACC